AUGCCUUCGGUAUCCAUGUUCCAGUCACCUCGUUAUCUCGUAUUCCGACACGCGCAGCGUGCUAUCAAGAAGAAUGUCGCGGAUCCGCCAGACGAGGCUCUUGAGCCUGGCCAAGAGCGCCUUCGCUCCUUCGACAUUCCUGGCAUGCAAGCUGGGCCGCAUACCAUCGAAGUGCAGCAGCCCGUCUCGGGAGACCACCAGAGCACGACCCUCUUGACGACCCAGAAGUUCGACGUUGUCGCUCCACGCUUCUCUCUACCUGAGGACGCCAUCCACACGACAUAUCCGCCCCAGGGGUUUGCUGCAACCGCCGAGACGUUGCCUCAUGUAUUUUUCAAUGAACCGACAUUCCCAUGGGAGAGGGUGGGAAGCUGGGAUGCCGAAAAAUCGCCUCCUAGUGACUAUUCUAGGAAUAGGACGCCGUGGCUCGCUGUGUUCGUCUUCACUGAGGACGAACUCAAGCUCGCUGAGGCGGACCUAAAUGGCGCGGAUAGCAUCUUCAGAGAUAUCCCAUCUCUUAAAGACGGUGCAAAACAGGACUCUACCUUCGCCGUGAGCGUCCCCGUUAAAGAACUCUCCAAUAUUGUGUCCACGGUCAACCCUUACACCAGCGUGGCCGAGGACUCGACUGUGGCAACCACUGUCCUGCUAAAGCGGGAGCUCUUUGCCGCCCUCUUCUCCGAGUACAAUAGCGAGGGAGUUGUCGAACCGGCUUCAACGCCGUAUGUAUACUACCACCGCUUCCUAGCCCAUAAAGAGAUUAUCAACACCGAGGGCAUGGCUGUCUCGGGAGCCACGAGCGUCAACGACACUGGAUCCUUCGGCGCGGUUGUCUCCUGCCGCUCUGCACCUGUACCUCCCAACAUCACCGCGCCAACUCCAGUUUACGUCCAUUUAGUUUCCAUCGAGGGGGUCGAGCAGAUGGAUGGCUGGCCCCUCCAGGCGGAUACGAGAUUUGUGGCGCUCGUUUCCCUCGCCAGCUGGAGCUAUAUCUGUCUCCCGCCAGACACGCCUAAUGUUAGGGAUGAGCUCGUCCAGCUGGGCAAGACCUUGGCUCCACUCCGGCCAGCCCUCUCCGAGGGCGCCGAAGAAAAGCUGAACAAUAACCCGCCUAUUGGGCCACGUCUACUACAGAGGCUAGAGCAGGGCUAUGCCAUGUCCCGAUAUAGGGUCCAAUCCGGGGACAUGACCUCGUGCCUCGUGCGAGGACCGUUUACCCCGGUGGCAGAGUACACUCUCCCAGACUGGUUUCCCAAAACCUCCAUGGUUGGCUCGGACUUGAGCAUUCUGGACCGAGAGCUCGGCCUGAUGGACAUCUCAUACGCGGCCGCGUGGCAGCUCGGGCGGACCAUGGCGAUCGCAGACCAGUCCUUUACCACCAGUCUCUAUUCUGUGCGCGUCCAAAUUAUUCAACUGGCGACUGAUGCCACCAGAGACAGGUACGUUAGUCGGUACACUUGGCAUAAGGGCCAAGAAGCACUUCUCGCGGACCUCAGACACUCUGUGAACCGUCUGAGCCUCCUGCCAGGCGCGGAUGGCCUGCGUGAGAAUGGUUCGAUCCGCCGAAGAUGGGACCGGAAGUUGGCAGAGCCUCUUGACCUCUCGUACCAUGGACCGAUCGUUGAUGCCCUCGUCGACCCCGACUUCAACCAGGCUGCGCGGGACGUGGCCAGUACGCCGGAUCCCACAAAUCCCACCCAGCCCUCAGACAAGCCGUAUGAUGAAUACAAUGCCCCAUUCUCGGUGGACUGGGUCGUAGUUCUGCGCUGGGUUCUCGAUAGGCUCUUCCUCGACAGCAUUCCUGCACACUAUCUCUUGCCAGAUGCUAGCAGCCUACCCCAGGAGAGUCUGAGGCUCUUCAUGAUAGAUGACAACUGGGUGAACUGCUUCCUCGACGGUGCUCUUAGCCUCGGGAAUCACAUUGAUCAGGAGGGCGACAAAGUUCGCGACGCCAUCAAAGGGGCAAUCAACUGGUACCUCCACUCUCCAACCUCCGUCCACGCCUACUUUCCGCCCAUCCCAAGAUACGGGUGCUUGAUUCGGUCCGCCCUGAUCAGCAAGUUUCCGGACAUGAUUGUAAAGGUCGAGCCAGCGCCUACCGAUGAUGCUGCACCGAUCCUGCUUCGACAUGAAGUUAUUGACAAAGGCACCAUGCUCUGCCUGUUCUCGCAGCCGCCAUCAGCAUCCACUUUUACAAGCCUCACCUUCACCCAACCUCCCCAGCAGCAGUCCUUUGUCGUGGGAGAGAAAGUAACCGGCUCGGAUCUGACAAUGGCCUACCGUCGAGCGUACACGGUGAAGGACCCUGCGGAUCCUGACUACAGCAAGCCCAUCGAGGAGGUCACGUGGAAAAGGGGAGAGGUCCCCAAAGAUAGGAGUGUAAUGUACCUCUGGAAUGUGACUGAUCCCGUCUCGCAGUCUACCGUCGACCUCCGCAUGUUUCUGAUGGACAACUUCGCGCCGGACUACAAUGCCCAGCUCAAUCUCAAGAUGCCACCCGGCUACUACUCCGACGAAACGCCCAGCUCUGCCCUCAUGGCCUGGCAGCUGUCGAAUCUAUCGUAUCUCCUCCCCAUCACUGCGCCGCCAGGCUUCAAGCCUCCGCCAGUCACCCGCCAUCCUCGGGCCCUCCCUGUACACAGACGUGUUGCCCCGCCGCUUCCCCCUCCACCUCCAUCGCAGAAGCACGGGCAUCGAUAUUUGGACAAAUUCCCUCGUCUCGAAGAUCGGCCCACCCGCAAGCAUUAUGUCCCGCAAGCAGCGCCGAACCCGAUGGGCCGGUACGCUCGCCAUUACCCGACGCCGAGAUGGAUCAGCGACCGCCCCUCAACACUUAGCGGCGGGCCCGGUGUACUGUUCCCGGCCUUCGAGUUCUUCUUCUGGUCGGCAGAGGCGCCGGGUGCGCCGGGCAACCCAGGCACGAUCCCGAUGCUGCGCGACAUGAAGGAAGCGCCAAUGGCGCAAGAUCUGAUCUUCAGUAUCACCAUACCCGCAGCCACACGCCCCGACCCAUCGUUCUUGCUGGAGUAUAUCGAAAUCGAAAUCCCCCAGGGGAAUCCAGCUGUGGGCGAUAGCCCAGACACCCUCUCGGCCACUUCUCUCGGUGGCCAUCUCGGUACUAGCAACGAACCCGAUGUUGGCACCCAAGGACCGCUAACCACAUUGUACGACGGCCCCGGCGCAUCCAUGCUCUCGAACCUACGUUUCAACCCUAUCUGCACGUUCUCGCAGAACUACAAUACUCUGAUCAUCCGGCUGAUCCCGCGAAGCCUAGGCGAGAAUGGCACGAUAGGCACCGUACCGGCAGAUCGGUGCAACGAACUAUCAUUCCUCUUAGCUGGAGUCAAGGCCACUAUAUCGAGCGAAGAGGUUACUGUAGUGCCCCGGAUUAGUAUUCAUUACAAGAACUAUAACGUGCAGCAUCCGACACAGUUUCCACAGCCAAGUAUGGCAUUAAAGCCGGUAGAUUAUUAA